AUGCCUCCAGUAGCUACAUCUACAAUCACGACAUCGACAUCCAAUGGAUCAGAAAAUGCACGAUCAAGAGUAAACGGAGGAGGAGAAGCAGGAGGCAUUUCCGGAAAGAAUGAAGAGGGGUCCUCUUCACAGAUAGAUAUCGAAGUCAAGGAACACGAUUUCUUCUGGACCUAUACCGAGGAACCGCAUCGAAGUAGACGUUUAGCAAUUAUUAAAGCUCAUCCAGAGGUUACCAAACUCUGCGGUCCGGAACCCCUCACAAAAUACGUCGUGCUUCUUGUCGUAUCAAUUCAAAUUCUCUGCGCCUAUCUCCUCCGCAACACGCCGUUCUUUUCUUGGAAAUUCUUCCUCACUGCCUACAUCAUUGGUGCCACUGCAAACCAAAAUCUCUUCCUAGCCAUCCACGAAAUCUCCCACAAUUUAGCUUUCAGAAAUGCGAAUUUAAAUAGGGCAUUGGCUAUUUUUGCCAAUUUGCCUAUUGGGAUUCCGUAUUCUGCUUCUUUCAGACCAUACCACCUAACGCACCACAAAUCCCUCGGCGUCGACGGACUAGACACCGAUCUCCCCACGCGCUUCGAAGCCAUAUUCCUCGAUUCCCUCCUCGGAAAAGCCUUCUUCUGCACCUUCCAAAUCCUCUUCUACGCCAUCCGACCCAUCUUCAUCUACGCCGUCCCCUUCACCUCGAUCCACAUCCUCAACAUCCUCACCCAAGUCCUCUUCGACAUCCUCCUCGUCAAAACAACCAACUCCUACAAUUCCCUCUACUACCUCAUCCUCUCCGCCUUCUUCGCCGGAUCCCUGCACCCAUGCGCCGGGCACUUCAUAGCCGAACACUACGUCUUCGAGCGGCAACCCGCGCAAGCACGCGAUCCCAAAACCGGCGUCGAAAUCCCCGAGACAUUUUCCUACUACGGACCUCUAAAUUUCUUUACCUAUAAUGUGGGGUUACAUAAUGAACAUCAUGAUUUCCCUGCGGUGCCUUGGACGCGUUUACCCGCGCUUCAUGAGAUGGCGAAGGAAUUCUAUGCCGAGUUGCCGAGACAUGAGAGUUGGAUCUAUGUGAUUUGGCAGUUUGUGUGGGAUAAGGAGGUGGGGAUGACGUGUAGGGUGAAGAGGAAGGAGGGGGGACGCAAAGUAGGUGGGUGGACGCAGCAGGAGGUGCAGGCUUAG